AAACGGAUGCGGAUAAGUAGUGACCUCUCACUCCAAGAUGUCAGCUUACUGUUGCAAAGAUCAUGUGUGGAAUCAUAGAUAGUAGAGUGCAAUCUGUUAUUAUCUUGAAGUACCAUUGACGUAACUGAAUCUUCUUGAACGUGCAAACUUGAUCGACUCAUCUCAGUACAUCUCUCUCGGAAUAUCUGAUAAAUAUCAUGGCAGCAGCCUUUGGCGUACACGUUGGUGCUACCACGGCAUCACUCGCAGUUUACAAGGAUGGCAGGACGACAGUGGUUGCUAACGCAGGCGGAGAUCGAGUCACGCCAACACUCGUUGCAUUCGAGAGUGGAGAACUGGUCGUCGGACUUCCGGCGAAGCAGGGCAUCAUGAGAAACGCAGCGAACACGAUGAGCAAGGCAAAGCAGCUUGUGGGGCAGGAGUUCAGCAACUCGCUCGUGCAGACCAUCGUGCAGGAGAGCUCGUGCAAGAUCGUGAACAAAGAUGGCGCUCCCAUCUACGAGGUUGACAACAAUGGCAAACCGAAGACCUUCACACCGGAGGACAUCUUGUCUGCAGUGUAUAGAAACGUGAAAGACACGGCCGUCAGCCAUCUUCACACGAGCGACAGUGAGCUGAACGUCGUGCUGACGGUGCCGAUCCGCUGCUCUCACAAACGCAGACGACUCAUCAGCCAGGCGGCGCACAAGGCGGGAUUCCGCGUUCUGCGGAUCAUCAACGAACCAACCGCCGCCGCGCUGGCGUACGGAAUCGGGCAAGAUGACCCGCGCGAGAUCAGCAACACUCUGGUGUACCGCAUCGGUGGCUCAUCGAUGGACGUCACCAUCAUCAACGUCAACGGCGGAAUAUACCGAGUUUUUUUUUUCCCCGCCGUCCGCGAGCGUUCGACGGAGCAUAGGACUAGAGUGCGCCCCGCACAUUCACAGGAGGAAAUAUUCCAAGUACCAUCUGCCGGCGACAUUCACAACAGGGGACGGUUCGAGGGUCUCUGCACAAGUUUGCUCGCUCGGUGCAUUCAACCAGCCGACGAUUGCUUGGCAAAGGCCGGUCUCGAGCGAUCUCAGAUACAGAAGGUGAUGCUAGUCGGAGGCUCGUCGCGUAUACCGAGUCUGCAGGCGCAGCUGACAAAAAUGUUCCCGGACGCGGCCAUAUUGAAUUCUCUUCCCGGAGACGAGGUGGUAGCACUGGGCGCAGUGAUGGAGGGUUCACUGCUGACGGGCAAGGAUGUGAUGUUAGGAGUUGACCAUCACGACAUCAGCAUCGACUGCAGCUGCAAGCCAAUCAUCAUCAAGAUGUUCUGUGCGGCACGGCAGGCAAGCGAGGUUGCCACGGUGAUCGCCUCGGGGACGCCGAUACCGGUGCGUCGUCAGCAGACGCUGCGCCUGCCCGCGGGGCAGACGGCCGCUGCGCUGCACGUGUGCGAGGGAGACGAGGGUGACGCCACACUGCUAGCGAAGGGUGUCAUGAAGGGUCUACCCGAAGGAGCCGCCAUCUCUGUUGCCCUGCAUCUUAAAAGCUGCGGCACCCUUCACGUGACCUUCUCGGAGAAGAGCAGCGGCCGGUCACACAGCUUUACGAUCGAGACGAUCGACAUCAUGGAGGCGUGCGAGGAGGCGACACUGGAGGAGGAGUCCGCCGCCGAGAGUUAGAUGCUGCGGCGGCAGUCUAGGCCGAUCGCGCCGCGCCGCGCGGCGACAGACAACGGAGCAUCUCUCGCCGGCACGGUCCAGCGCGGACGGAACUAUCGGCAGAACUCGUUAUGUCGACGCUAGGCAAUCGUUUCGCAGUCGAGCGAACAACGUGGAACAAUGCUCGACGCGUCGACCUCAGUGGGAAGGUGAGCGAACGCCAUUGCUGUGCAUUGUUCGAAUGCCGUCACUGUUCGUUGUUGUUUGCGUCGAAAAGAAGAAUGAUUCAGGAAUAAAUCGUCGUGCGCGACGAAGUGUGUUCAAAAUA